AUGCUUCGAGUCGCACCGCAGGUGCAGGUUACCGUGCCUCAGACACGACAGGAUGAGCGCAUCACACUCAACAUCUCCAACCCCCGGGAGGGCGAAGAUGAUAACCUCAUCACCCUGGAGGUCUUCCCCGAGAUGACGGUCGAAACACUCCGCGAAUCUAUCCACGCCGAAAGCAAGGUCGCCCCGCUCUCGCAGCAUAUCUACCACAACGGAAAGCUCCUCUCCGACAACUCGAAAACGCUGGAGCAGCUCGAGAUUGCGGAUGGCGAGAUGUUGGCGGUCCACGUACGGGACAUGCGAGGCAGCACAGGCGUUCCAGCCCAGCCAGCUGCCCCUCGACAACCCCAGCAGCCACGCCCACCCCAGGGCGGACAGGCCCAGCCUGAUCCCGAGAUGAUUCGAUUGCAAGUCCUGGGCAACCCUGCGAUGCGCCAGCAAGUGCAGAGCCAGAACCCGGAUCUGGCAGCAGCCUUAGAGGAGCCCGCUCGCUUCGCGCAAAUCCUGCGUGACAGCUACGGCCGAGAGCAGAGGGAGCGUCUAGAGAGACAGAGGGAGAUUGAGAGGCUCAACGACGACCCAUUCAACAUUGAUAACCAGAGGCGGAUUGAGGAGAUGAUUCGACAAGAGCGAGUCAUGGAGAACCUCCAAAAUGCCAUGGAGCACAACCCCGAAGUUUUUGGCCGUGUUCAUCUGCUCUACGCUAAUGUCGAGGUGAACGGACACAAGGUCAAGGCUCUUGUCGACUCGGGAGCCCAGGCCACCAUCAUGUCACCAGACUGCGCCGAAGCUUGCGGCAUCUCCCGUCUCAUCGAUACGAGAUUCGCAGGUGUGGCUCGCGGUGUUGGCACAGCCAAGAUCAUUGGCCGCGUGCACGCUGCCCAGAUCCGGAUCGGCGAGUUGUUUCUGCCGUGCAGCUUCACCGUCAUGGAGGGCAAGUCUGUGGAGCUGCUGCUGGGGCUGGAUAUGCUCAAGCGAUACCAGGCCUGUAUCGACCUUCAAAAGGGUUGCUUGGUGAUUCAAGGCGAGAAUAUACCGUUCUUGGGAGAAGCAGAGAUUCCCAGGGACAUGGAGGAACAGGUAGAGGGCGAGCCGACGGCCCCAGGCCCAGGCGGCACACAGAUCGGCCAACGCUCCGGUGCGAUCCUCCCAGCGCCUGGUUUGCAACCCGAACAGUCAUCAGGUCGCUCGGUUGAGACUCCGGCUGCACCACCACAGCAGGCACCUGCUCUAGCGGCGCCCACGCCCACGCCUGUGUCCGCUCCGGCCGCAGCGCCGAGACCAUCUGAGCCUGGUGUCACCGAAGCUCACGUACAGACACUCAUUUCCAUGGGAGCCGAUCGAGCUCGCGCUGUCCAAGCGUUGCAAGCCUCCGGAGAUAAUGUCGACAUGGCUGCCGGCAUCCUCUUUUUUGGCUAA